GUUUGAGCUAACUGUAUUGAAUCUAUUAAAAAUCAAAUCUAAUUUGUAUGUUACAAUUAAUGUAACUCAGCAGAAGGAGUCCAAGUGCAAUUGUUAAAUAAUUGAAUUGAAAUUGUCAGUGGGAUAUAGCUCACUUAGUUGAGCUAUUCCACAUCUAUUUAUGUGAGUAGAAAUUUGAAAAUCGCAGACACCUAUGAAUAUUUGUGUAAAACUCCCUACUCAAAUAAUUGAAUUGAAAUUUGAUACGGAGUGCUAUCCUAUGAAUAUUUGUUUUGGAUUUUGAAAAUAAACAAUAAAAAAUUAAAAAGACAUGAAAAAAAAAAUUGUGAUUAAUACACAUGUGAUUAUUUAGGAAAUUUAUCCAUUUAUUAAUCCCAAAAAAAAAAAAUCAAAAUAGAAAACUCCCUAGUUCGAAUUUAAUUGAGGUUGCUAACUCGCUAUAAAAAAGGAAAGAUUUUACUUGGGCUGAUACUAGAGUUUUCUGUUUUAGCCCAAUUAAGUUUUUGGUUUGUCAAAUAUCAAAACCCAGCCACCCUUUAAACUCCCUUUUCCCUCCACAAACUCCACCCUAUCACCAAACUUCCCGAAAUCAAAAUCAUCAUCCUCUUCCUCUCUUCUUCCCCACAAGAACACCACAAGAACCCAAAAACAGAAACAAAAAAAACCCAAGAAUUCCCACCAAGAAUCUGAAAAACCCAUCUCCAAAGAUGCUCAAGGCAGUAGGUCUCUUUGGCCGGAAGAAGACAACUCGUCAAUUCAAAGACUUCUACGCCGAAUGGUUCAACACCCUCAAGAACACGCUCCUCCCUUCUCUCCGAAGCUCAAUGUCCGAGUCAGACUCGUCCCUCACUCGGCUCUCGACUCAGAUGGAAGCCCUCCACCUCCACUUCCAGUCCUACUACGACGCCCUCGACCUCGCCGCCCAGAACGACGUCGCUCAGCUCCUCUGCCCCACCUGGCGCAACCCUCUCGAGAAGCCCUUCCUCUUCCUCGGCGACUUCCAUCCCUACCUCUUCACCAACCUCCUCCGCUCCUUCCUCACCCAAAACGACACCGACUCGGACAACGAAAACGACGGCGACAGCAUGGUAGUUCAGUGCGACAGAGGAGACAGGGACCGCUUCGACCGGCCCUGGCACAUCGCGACGGCGUGGAGGAGGCCGUCGUACAAUUUGAUGGAGAGGGUCGAGCAGGUGGAGCGCGGGCUGCGGCUUAUGGUGCCGGCGCUGGCGGCGCGUGCUAGGGACGCGCAGGUCGGGUUCUUGGAGCGCGUGGCGAGGAAUUGGGCUUUUGGGACCCACAAGGCGGCGGUGGAGGAGGCGAUGGCGGAGCAGAAUGAGGAGAUGGUGGGGGUUUUUGUGGACGCCAAUAGGCUGAGGAAGAGUGUUCUUGUGGAGAUUAUGGGUGCAACUAGCGUUUUCCAGGGUGCUCUGUUUCUUGAAGGGUUGGCCCAAUUUCUUGUUGGGUUCAGAGAUCCUGAACUGCUUGCUCAGUUUGAGCUCUGCAAGACGCCUCUCAGCAAGCAGAGUAAGUUGUUGGCGAUUUGAUUGGGUUUUCUGCAAUGUUCUUGCAUAUCUUGACGCCUUUGGAGUAAUUCAAGUUUUUGUUUUUUGAAUGGUUUGAUUUAGCAGCAUUAUGUGCUCUGUGUAUUUUUCUGAUUUGGUGCUGAUUUUGUUAUCUGCCAUGCUUAUCAGAGAAGGCUUAAAGUAUGAUUUGAUUUGCACAAGAUGUAGAGAUUGGAACUUGGUGAAUGUUGUUGUUUUGAA